AUGCUGGGAACACCGACUCCUUCCGAGAGUUGCAGGAAGUGCCAUGUGGUGUGGAAGGAGCACACAGGAAAGACCUGCGAGCAGGUGCUGGAGAGGGACGAGAUCCGGCUACGGGUGACCUUUGAGGAAAAGAUGACCGCUGCCCGUGUCAGGAAGUGCCACAAGUGUGCCACAGGUCUGGUGAAGUCGGAGGGCUGCAACCGGAUGUCGUGUCGCUGCGGCGCCUUCAUGUGCUACCUCUGCCGGGAGCCUAUUAACGGCUACAACCACUUCUGCCAGCACGCUCGCUCGCCUGGCGCCCCCUGCCGACAGUGCAAGAAGUGCUCGCUGUGGACGGACCCCACGCAAGACGAUGAGCGAAUCAUUCAGGAGAUUCAGAAAGAAGGUGAAGCGGAGUUAAAUAAGAAGACCAAUCAGUCAGAAAGCACAGGGAAGAGAGUGGGACCUCCCCCUGAGCCCAUCCCAGCGAAGCGUCCUCGGGUUACACCGCAGGCCCCUAACGCAGCACCUCAGGCCGUACGUGCCCCCCUGCUCAUCCCCCAGGUCAUGCUGCCUGGGCCGCAGCGUGUUUUCCUUCAGCCCAUUCCAGCCCCCUACGUGCCCCCGUUGCCCAACUUCCCCCCAGUAAACUACAACCCACAUAACCUGAACUUGGACUUCAAUAUGCCUAUGCACUAUGGACCACCGCAUCGCUUCUUCAGACCUCUUUGAGGACACCAUGGUACAAAGCGCCACAUUCAAACUACUAAAAAAAUAAUCCAGGCUUCUGUGUCUUAACUGUUAGCCCUCGCUGUUUUUUUUCUACGUAUUUUGUAACAGGACCUAAACUGAUUUUCUGGUGAGUUUUCAGGAUGCCUGUUGGAUUUGCUUCUUUGUUGAGAGGCAUUUUUUGGAACAGCAUACAGAGUGAAUAAUAUGAACACCUGUUAGUUUUCAGUUCAAUAAAACAAAGAACUUGAUGGAACUUUAAACAUUGUUCAUGAAAUCAGUCAAAAUAUAUGUUGGUUUGGCUGGGAUUUCCAAUGAUGUUCCCCAAAAAGAAUCCACUGCAGUCAACAAACCACUUUAAUGUUUUUUCAUCCAGGGUUUUUCUUAUUCAACAUCUUCCUCCUUGUGCAAAUGCCUAGAUUAUUAGUUUAGAUCAGGGCUGUCCAAACUCGGUCCUGGAGGGCUGG